GGUGUACAAUAGGGGGGCAAAUGGAGAAGUCUCACGCCUAGGUGUGAGCAGAUUAUUCAAAUAGGGGCCGAGUGAAGCGGUAGGGAUUGGAGGCUCGCCUGGGCGCACAGAGCUAUAUCACAGCGUUAAGAGCCAGCAGCAGGCGUCAUUUCAACUGCAGUCAUCUCAGACACACACACACACACAUACACACAUGCGCCAGCCCUUGACAGGAGGAGAGCACAACGACGACACGAGUGUAUCCCGUGGUCCCCAACAACCACCUUUGGCUGCCAAAGGACACACAAUACCGGCAUUUCUCGUGUGGGGAAGCGCUUUGAAAAGUAGAAGAAACUUUUUUCCAGGAUGCUCGGUGCUGUGAAAAUGGAGGGACACGAACACGCAGCUGACUGGAGCACUUACUACGGAGAGCCCGAGUGUUACACCUCCGUGAGCAACAUGAACACCGGACUGGGAAUGAACUCCAUGAACACUUACAUGACCAUGUCCGGAAUGAGUUCGACCGCGAACAUGACGGCAGCUAACACCAUGAACAUGUCCUAUGUCAACACGGGCAUGAGUCCCUCAAUGACAGGCAUGUCUCCCGGCACGGGAGCGAUGGCCGGCAUGGGCGCGGGUAUGACGGGCAUGAGCGCAGCCCUGAGCCCGACCAUGAGCCCCAUGGCAGCGCAAGCGCCCUCCAUGAACGCCUUAACCUCGUACAGCAAUAUGAACGCUAUGAGCCCCAUGUAUGGCCAGUCGAACAUAAACAGAUCAAGGGACCCGAAGACCUACCGGAGGAGCUACACGCACGCCAAGCCGCCAUACUCGUACAUUUCUCUAAUAACCAUGGCCAUCCAGCAGUCGCCCAGUAAGAUGCUGACCCUCAGUGAGAUCUAUCAGUGGAUAAUGGACCUUUUCCCUUUUUACCGACAGAACCAGCAGCGCUGGCAGAACUCUAUCCGCCACUCGCUGUCCUUCAACGACUGCUUCCUGAAAGUCCCGCGCUCCCCGGAUAAGCCGGGCAAAGGCUCGUUUUGGACCCUUCACCCCGAUUCCGGAAACAUGUUCGAAAACGGCUGCUAUCUGAGGAGGCAAAAGCGCUUCAAGUGCGACAAGAAACUGAGCAAGGAGCCUGGUCGGAAGACCUCGGAGGGCGGCUCGAACAGCAGCUCCGAGAGCUGCAACGGGAACGAAUCUCCUCAUUCCAACUCGUCCAGCAACGAGCACAAAAGAUCCCUGUCUGACAUGAAGUCGGCUCAGGGUCUGAGCCCGGACCACGCAGGCUCCCCGACCUCUCAAGCGCAGCAUCUCCUGGCCCAGCAUCACUCGGUUUUGGCGCACGAAGGACACCUGAAGCCAGAGCAUCACUAUUCCUUCAAUCAUCCCUUCUCCAUCAACAACCUCAUGUCCUCGGAGCAACAGCAUCACAAAAUGGACCUAAAGACAUACGAGCAAGUGAUGCAUUACGGUUACGGCUCUCCGAUGGCCGGCGCGUUAUCCAUGGGCUCCAUGGCGAGCAAAGCGGGCCUGGAUUCGCCGGACACAUCGUACUACCAAGGUGUGUACUCCAGGCCCAUCCUGAACUCUUCCUAAACUCUCACGGACCUUGUGACAAUUUGUACAUUUGUAAAAUGUUUGUGUAUACGUAUUCUGAUUUUUGACGUUCUCCGUUAAUUUAGAUGUUCGUUAGUAAUUAUUUUGUAAAAGAUCUGUUGACAAUGUGACGAACUCUUCGAGGCGGCUUUUGAAAAAUGGACCAAAUCCACACCGAAGGACUGCGGACGGAUUGAAGUUCUUCAAUCACUUGUGUAAACUUAUUUAUGGCUUGUAAAUGUGUAUUCUUGUAGUUGAUGACAAGAACAGAAUCUAUAUUAAAGUGUUAUUUGGAAUUUUUUCGCAAUUCUGAUUUUCACUCAUUUGUGUUAUUGUGUACAGCAAUAAUAAUAAUAAUAAUAAUAAUAAUAAUAAAUAGCCUAUCAUUUUGCUCAACGAAUUAUCAAGGUAUUUGCACAUACGAACCACUCGUUAGUUGUGAGGGUUACAGAUGUAUAUUUAAUUUACCACAGUUGAAUUAUUUUGACUGAAUGAUUUCUUUGCUAUUUUCAACCAUGACCUGAAUUAAUAUCAACAAUAAAACCAGAAAAAUAG